UGUAGCAGCAGCUACCCAUCAUCGAUCCUUACGAACAAUGGCGGCGGCGCCUGAUGAUGAUGCCGCCGGCGGCAGCAGCAGCCGCCUCCGCCUCCGCGUGGUGGACACCACCCUGGUGACGCCCGCUGGUCCCGCACUGCCGCCGCUCUCCCUCCCGCUAACCUUCUUUGACGUCAAGUGGCUCCACCUCCCCCCCGUCGAGCGCGUCUUCUUCUACCGCCUCUCCUCCCCGGAGGCGGCCAACGUCGACACCAUCCUCGCCGCCUUCAAGGACUCUCUGUCCCAGGCUCUCCGCGUCUUCUACCCGCUGGCCGGGCACAUCGUCCUCCCGGUGGCGAGCCGCCACGAGCUCGUGUACCGCCCGGGCGACGCCGUCCCCUUCACCACUGCCGAAUACGACCUGGACAUGGAUGACCUCGUCUCCUACGACGACCCCGUCAGCGUGAGGAGGUUGGCCCCGCUCGUGCCGCAGCUGCCCAAGGGCCGCGCCGUGCUCGCCGUGCAGGCCACUCUCUUGCUCCGCCGCCGGAGCCUCGCCCUUGGCGUCACCGUCCACCACUCCGCCUGCGACGGCGCCAGCUCCACGCACUUCCUCCACACCUGGGCCGCAGCGGCGCGCGCCGGAGCGCCACCGCCGCCGCCCCCGGUCAUCGUCGACCGCAUCCCGGACUCCAGGGGCCUCUACGACAUCUACCUCAAAAGCCUGCCGCCGAUCAUCUCCGACGACGCCUUCGAGUUCGUCAGCAAGCCGCCCAGCUCCUUCGAGGACAGGCUCCUGGCAACGUUCACGCUGCCCCGGAGCCUGCAGGAGAGCAUCAAGGGCGUCGUCGCCAGCGAGGCGGCGCGACGCGGCAUCACGCCGCCACGGUGCUCGUCCAUGCUCGCCACCUACGCCUUCAUCUGGUCCUGCUACUGCCGAAGCCGCAGCGGCAGUGGCAGCAAAACCACCAGCUACUUCCUCUUCUCCGUGGAUCAUCGCGCUCGGCUGAUGAAGUCGGCCGUCCCAGCCACCUACUUUGGCAACUGCCUCUGCCCGGCCAUCGCCGCCGCGCCGGAGGAGGAAGUGGCGGCCGCGGGCAUUGCCGGCCUGCUGGCGGCCUGCGCGGCGGUGGCGGCGGCGUUGGAGGAGGAGGUGCGCGAGGGGGCGCAGGACACGUGGCACGCCUGCGUGGACCGAGUCAAACAGGCCGUGGCCAGCGGGUCCCUCCUGUCCGUGGCCGGCUCGCCCAGGUUCCGACUCUACGACGUCGACUUUGGCUUGGGCCGGCCGGCCAAGGUGGAGAUGGUGUCGGCGGCCAAGAGCGGCGCCAUGCCGAUCGCCGAGGCACGCGUCGGCGGCGGCGUCGAGGUGGGCGUCUCUCUGCCGGCGGCCGACGGUGCCAUGGAGCGGUUCCAAAAGAGUUUCGCCGACGGCAUCGCCUGCCUCUCUCUCUGCGACUAGUAGUAAUUAAUAAUCACUGAUUUCCCAGGCGUUCCGUUUCCAAAUCCAAAUGAAAUAAAAAAUGCAGUUUCCAAAUAA